AUGUAUUUCAAGGAGUACAAAGUUCACCGAGAACAGGAUGCAUCAUCUGCCCCCAUGCUGACGACAUACAACUCCACCUGCAAUCGAGGUGGAACCAAUCCUUCCUCAAGGCAACCAUGGUUGUGUUUUUCAUGCAGUUCUUCCAUCUCAAAGGAAGAGGUGGAAGUUUCGAAGUACUACCUAGACCACCGCCCUCUGAGUCACACGAUGCAAGGACGGCUGCCAACACAGCAACUUUUUGAGCCUCCCCCCGAUAUUGAAUCCAUCCAAAUAGGGGAUCACAUAGAAGUACUUGUGGGACAGCACACAGGGAAAUCUGGUAUCAUACGCUGGUUGCCCAAGGCAUCAAACAAUCUAUGGUUUCAAGAUGGAUCAUUAAGUAUCCCAGUUCCCAUUGCGGCUGUUCGGCGGUGA